AUGCGUGGGACACGCUCACAGGCGGCAGCUGCGGCCGUCAAAUCUGGCUCAUCGUCAAACAAGCCAGACAAUAGUCUCCGUAGAUCAGUGACCGAUUGCCAUGGUCGACAGACGAGUACUGCGCCGUCGACACCCUCAUCGACCGUGUCACGCUCGCGACAGAGCACGCUGGGGCUCGGAACGCCCGCCACUCCAGAUUCCUGCCCGUCUCUGCGCAAUGCAGAUCCGGACGGACAACUCGAUCAUCUCGUCAACGAUCUAGCGGCCGAUGUCCAGCGCUGCGAUCUGGGUACCGCUAGCACCACCAGCGUGAGGCCGUCUCAAAACAAGCAGCACACGACUCGCCUUCGAUCUGGCGUCACGACGCCUUCACCGCCCGACACAAGUCGCAAGUCUGUCUACUCGACCCCACUCGACAAGACGCCUUGCCCUCGUACCGGUCAGAGAGCCGCGAGCGAUCUACCGCUGCCGCUGCUGCCCUUACCGGCGCGCAAGAUCAGCACCUCAUUGGCUAGCGUCGGCUCACCCUCCGCCAGAUCAGGCUUGUCGACCGGAGCCCGCGCAUCCCUGCUAAACGCCGACGGCAUACGGACUACUUCAAUGCCCAAUGGUAGCCUCCACCGUGCCGAGCAAGAGAUCGCAGACUUGAAAGCGCAGCUCAGGCGGGCCAAAGAUGCAGCGGCAGACGAGUGUGCUCUGACCGUGGCCGCGCGAGGCCGAGCCUUUGCUGCAGAACAGGAGCAGCGUCUCUGUGCAGCUCGUUCAGCUUGGGAGAUGGUCGCGGUCAUGGCGCACGCAGAUCGACUUGCGGUUCGUGCAGAACUCGAGUCCCUGGCUGUCAUCAGGCAGAUGCUGGCGAUCGAAGCCUAA